CUUUAUUUUUCUGUCCUCCACUUAUUGGGUUGUUUUCCAUUAAAAAUUUAGCCAGAGGAGGAAGAUAAAAGAGACAUAUUCAGCAACUGUGGUAUCAAUGGAGGACUCCCAAUUAAAUGGCAUAGUCGAGAAGACCCAAGAUAUGGAACCGUCACAGAAUCAUGACAAGAAGCUGAGUCUUGGGGAUGUUAAGGAGUUCAAUUCUGUUGUAGAUGAUGGUAUGUCUGAUGCCCAACAAGUGAAAAUUUCAGAGGAAGACAAGGAAUCUGAUGAGAAGAGUCAUCAAGCAGAGGAUUCAGUGGCACUGGAGGCGGAGAAAGAGGAUGUUAAGUCAGUUGUGGAGCCUCUUAUGUCUCUGCCUGAAGCAGUCGCCAAAUCAGUGGAGCCAGAUGCAACUAUUGAAGUUGCAAACAAGGGAGUGGAAGACAAGACUUUACCAUAUCCAGAAGAGAAAGUAGGGAAAUCUUCAAUUGCAAAUCCAGAUGUGGGAAUGAAUGGUAUUGACGGGACCACACAAGCAGCUUCAGAUGAGAAGGCAAAAACCGCUCCAACUGCGGCAGAUGAAUACGGAAGCACUCCUUCAGAUAUAGCAGAUGAGACGCCAAGGGGAAUUGAGGAGAAAGAAAAUGGUGAGAGUCCUCCAAAGGGAGUCAGAGAAGCAGAACGCACAGCUGUUGUUGCGAGCACUGGAGAGUCAUCAGCCAUUUUUGACGAGGAAGCUGUAAACAAUGCUGAUGCUUUAUUAUUAAACCAAUCGGCAGAUAUUCCUGGUGUGGGAAGCGCUGAUGGUGGUGAUCAGGAUGACAAGGCCAAAAUCACUGAAAGAUCAGAAAAUUCUCCUGUUAUAUCUCUAACUCAACGCACUCUGCGACCAACUUCUACUUCUUGGAGGAGCUGCUGUGGACUUCUACAAGUUUUACGACGAUCCUAAAGCUGAGAAAAAGUAUCACUAUCUGCAUAUUCCUUAUUGUUGUUUACUUGCGUUUGGUUUUGGUUUGGGAAAACGCUUUAGCAUUUUGUUUGCAUCCACCCACUUUUUAGUUGAAAGAGGAAUUAUAUGUAACUCGUCUAUUCCCCCUCUUCGCCUGGCUUACAGCAGUAGAAGAUAAUCCUUGCUAUUCGUGACUCAGAAUUCGUUGUGUUACAGAUUGUGCUGCUUUAUUUGUUGCAUUUUGUACAUCAUAUGCAUUGUUUGAAACAAAUCUUAAAUUCGAUUCUGAUGUUUGUAAGCGAAACAGAAAAGUGCAUUUUACACAAGUAUCAUUUCCCAAUAGUAUUGCUGAGUAUCAUCCUAA